UUUUACCGCGCGGUCGUGUCGCUUGCUAGCGCGAUUAUUUGCUUGAUAUUCGGCACUUAGUAAGCGUCGUCUGUGUAUAUGAACUGUUUCGAUAUAUCCUUACAAUGGACACUGAGGAGGUGUGCAGUGUAGUGUAAGUGAUCUAGUGAUGUGACUAUGCCCUCGGAUAGUGGUACAGCGUGGUCGCCGCCUGCCUCCACGGAGCGGCGACUCAGCAACUCUUCCGAUGGCAGUGCCGGCAGCGGAUACUCCAAAGCUGUAUCUGUGACCCCUAUUUUGCGAAAGGCCUCCUCCAAGCCCCGCCAUUGCUCUCCGUACUCUGCUCCUCUCUGCCAUGUUAUGACAUCAGACAGCGCAGAUUUCCUCGCAACUCGUCCACACACAGCCGCCGUGAUCCCCGGCAAGCCUGCUGGCAACCCCCUGCAAUUUAUCAAGGUUGGACCCGCAGAUCUGGGUACCAGGGCCCGAGAGCAGUUAAGAAGAGCUGAGCUCGCAAAGCGAACAGAGCCCGCCCGGAUAGAAAGGCAGGAGGAGUGGCAGUCGAACCUAGACAAUUGGAAGUCAUCACGGCGGAAGCGAGUUGAGCACAUCAUUGAACGGUGCGUUGAGGUAAAGCGGUUUGAGCACGAGAUCAACCAGCCCCGUGGCAAGGGCAAGACAUUCAACGAGAUGCUGGAGGAACGGGCUGGAAGGAGACGGCGUAACCAUCUCGCCUUAUAUACAGAUGAUGAUGCACACGACCUCAGUGACCUUGGAAUCGGAACCUCCAGCACCAAAAGCAGCCUUAGUGAAGACUGUGACUCGCAGAGCUUGGCUAGCGAUGGCAUGGAUUUGGAUAAAAACCACUUAGAUAUGGACAAUAUGUCUAAUUAUGAGGGUAACCGAAAAGUAGGAUCCAGUGCCAAUGAAUACGACACUAGUACGACUACGACUAUAAGCUCCCCUGAGCCAGAAGAAUAUACGUACGAAGGUGCGAUAGAAGGAUAUAAGUCCAGAAUCAUCUCGACUACAAACAGCAACAUUGUCAAAACUGUCGUCAAUAAUAACAGCAAGGACAAGUCUCCGGAAAAAUCGAAUGGUGACAUACAUAAAAUAAGAACAUCUGUAAGUAAUAAAAUUGAAGAAAAACUUUUCUCAUUCCAACAAGAGAGAUCUACCGACUUAAGGAACAAUAAUCCAAAGAAAGAUUUACCUAAAGUCGACAUACAUAAACGUAGAGAACAGUUUGAAAGGGAAAACUCGCAGGAAUCCCAAGUUAACAAAUUUAAAUUGCCUGAUAUUGCGAAUAAAAAAUCAAUCAAAGAAAGACUGUCUAGUUUAGAAAAAUUCACAGAAGAAAACCAAGUGCAAAAAUCUACAAGUGAUCUGACAAAGUUACCAACGGAAGUAAAAUCCUUAAAAGACCGUUUAUCUUCUUUAGAAAAAGUUAAAACCACCGAGCCUGAAAAAAUUAAGCGACUCUCUAAUGGAGAUUUAAGUAACACAAAAUCACUAAGAGAGCGAUUGUCAAGUCUCAAAUCACAAACAUCAGAAGAAGAAGUAAAAGUAAUGAAAACUGAGGUAAAAGAGGUUUCAAUGAGUCUUAAAGAAAGAUUAUCAUGUCUCGAUGCUGCAAAAAAUAAGGACAUACCGAGGAUAUCUGUGGAAGAACAAAUAAACAAUAUGAUAAAUGCUGCCGAGGCUACAUCAAACACUUUAAAAAAUGAAGCUCCCGACGACAAGGUGUUGAACCUGAACUCAAACCUCACAGCAAUAGAGAGUCAAAUGCAGAGCUUCUGUCGCUCUUUAGACAGCUUAGAUAUAAACGAUCAAACAUCUUCUAACUCGUUCGAAAGAGUUCAAAGUCUAGAAGAUUUAUGCGCGGACAUGCAAAACAAUACAAUCCCAAGUGAUAUAGAAACAGAAGAUAGUGGAAUACAUACCGCUAGAGAUUCUUAUGCACCUGCAGAUGAUAUCGCUGAUCUCACCCAAGUGGCUUCUCCCAUCGGAGAACCCAUGGUUGAGGUUUCCGAAUACGAAUCAUCGAAUGAGGAUUGUUUAACAUUUGAAAGUAAAAUGGAAAAGUCUACAGAACAGCUUACAGAAAUUCCCGGGAGUGAAAACAAAGAUCUCUUCAUAGAGGAGUUUUGUGAUGACAGCAAGACUGAAGAUACCGACAGUGCAAGUAAUUAUACACAAGCUUUGUCACACCCUGAUGAGCUGAGUGUCACAGAAGACGUAACAGAAAUUCAAGUCGAUAAAGACGAUGAAGACACCUUAAAAAGUUUGGAAAAUCAAGAUUCCAGUGUAAGUUUAAAUGAGCCGGUAUCGGUGGGGUCGGACGGCGAUGCCGUGGUGUUUGAGGGAAAAAUGACCAUACAUCUGAACUUGAAUGAGAUAUGUAACAACUCUGGUGCUGGGACCGCUGCUAGCGAGACUAGUGCAAGCAACACUAACAGCAACAACUCUACUAACAAAAGCAUGCCUAUGGUCAUAGACGCUUUAGAACUAGCGUUCAAAGAGCUCGAUUCGGAAGAAAGUGCAAACAUUACGAUGGGUGACACUGAUAAUUUGGAUGAAUCUAACGUAGAAAUAAACAAAAACAAAGUGUCCGAAUUAGAUUUUGGUAACAAACGGGUGCCAGUGACGCCAUUGUACGAAAACAUAGAUAUAUUUGGGCAAAGCAAUGUCGUAGACGCAGGCACAUUUCCGCUGGAUUUACCAGCAAAUAUAUUAGAGCCACCCAAGGAAAAACCGCCUCCACCACCAGCCGAAGAAAGUCCCGAUGACGAACUACUUGGAAAUGGAAAUUUCAAACACACGAACUCCGCGCGUCGUAUCAAAAAGGAGAUUCGUAACAAACGUACCAGUUUUCUUGGUAUCGAGGGCCAGGAUGACAGCUAUCUCGACGUGGACCUAACCCUGGCUCCAAGACCAGACAUCACCUCUUUCCUGCAAGAGGAGACGAAAAUAGAGAAGCUCCUAUAUAAGAAAACCCUGUCCCAUGAUAUGGACGCAAAGUUGAGGGAUAGUAGAGAUUCAGGAGUCGAUAUUGAUAGAGGACCCUCGGCUGAGGCAUGGUAUAAGGGAUCAUCGCCCGAGACAUCUACACCGCAUAGCAGACAAAAUAGUGAGCCAUAUUCCCAAAUGACAGUGACGUCAGACGAAGAAGAAUCUGCGAAAAAGAAAGAUGAAACAUUUGCUAAAGAUCUUACUGAUAAAUUGAGCGACUUACCGAAUGAAUCGCAUGAUAAAAUCGAUCACUUAGACAAGAAACUACAACAACAACAGCGUGAAAGUUUAACUCAUCCGCCAUUUUAUGUGUGUGUAAAUAACAAGAUGGUCGACAUAGUACAUUCAAAGGCUCGCGUUAACGAAGAUUGGCACGAGCGCCAUUUUGACGAUGCCCACACAAAGGAAGUACUGCGAUUCGAAAGAGAACUCUUACAACUCGAGCAAGAAGAAUUAAGAAGACAAAAGGAAAACCUACUGCGUGAUCAACACAGAAUCAUUCAGAAGUCCAUACAAGAUAUUUCUGUCGCUAGUACUCCAGAGAAGAGAAAAGGCGUUCAGAACUACAGGCACUCAAUGCCAAAUUUGUUAUUGGCUGAACACAGUCCUAUUCACAAACCUCCACCGCUACUCGAGAAUCCAAUUAUAGAUGAGAGCUUGAAACGUAAGCCGUUCGUCUCAGAAGAACAUAUCGAGAAUCAUUUUGGUGUUGAAGAAAGCAGAAAAGUAUUGUAUGACGACAAACCGAAAUAUGAAAGAAGAGUACCAAUAAGACCAGCCCAACCAGUUCUUCCACCCAAACCAAAAAGCAGAGAAUCUAUAGAACGGGAGAUUACCAUGAGGAGUAGUAGAACUCCGUCAGCCGUGGAGUACGCGAAUAUUGACAGAAACGGUGUCCAGCUCAGACAGAAACCUUUGAAUGCCAAUGGGCAAUAUCAUCCCAUGACCAGACAUACACUACAAGCCCUAAGUGCAGCUCCUACCCCAAAAUUGAUCUCAAAUACGGAGUGGAUGCAGAACCGCAACUCUCCGCGACAAAAACCUCCUAACUAUAACUACAACCAACAUUGGCUUGUACAGGAGGCGGAACAUCGUCGUAUAGAGGAGCAACGAAACAAGAUGCGAGCGCGUCACUCAUACCACGACCUUGCUCCGACUGCUGCGCCACACACGCCCAAUCUCUCACCCACCAAAAUCGUCCCACAUGCGAACAGUCAACAAGUUGUACAAGAGCGGCGACCUAUCCGACCAGACAUUAGCCGUGACCGUCCUGAAGCUAACCGUGAUGACAAACUUCUUAGUGUGAGUGGGAAAAGGAAAUGCUCGCAUUGUGGAGAAGAAUUAGGUCGUGGUGCAGCUAUGAUAAUCGAGUCUUUGUCGCUCUGCUACCACGUGUGGUGUUUCACAUGCGCCGUGUGUGGCGGUGCCUUGGGAGACGGCCGAGCUGGGGCUGACGUACGCGUACGACAUAACCGCUUGCAUUGCCAUCAUUGCUACUCCACUGACGAUGGAGACAAGUACUCCAGGGUCUGAUCAAAAAUAUCUAUGUAAAGGAACAAAAUUGAUUUAUUUCAGUUAUAUUUUUCAUGUAGUGUCGUUUGAGAUUUGGUGAUAGUAAAGAAAUCAUGUAACAUCGCGGAGUUUGAAGAAUAAAACUACCAUUUAUUCUGCUGUUUCUAAGGUUGAACUCAUUUUAAUUUCAUUGGGAUUUGUUACAACGGCAUCUAGUGUGAAUAUUACUUACUAUUUUCAUUAAUAUUAUUAAAACUUUAAAUCUAAUUUUUGUAUGGUAAUCAAUAAUUUCUAAAACUCGAAUUACAUAUGGGGCGAAAACUUGUUGCAUUAGUUGAGUCGGCCAUUUAUACAUAUGAUCAACAAUAAUGAUAGACUUACAUGUUUAUGCUGGCCAUAUUACCGCGUUUUGUCAUUUGUUUGUAAUUACUAACUUAAAAGAUCAUCUAGAUAAAGAUACUGUAUAUAAAAACUCUUUUGAAUUUCAUAAUGCCAAAAACUUUCCCAUUCUUUCUAUUCUUUUGAACUUUUCUAAUAGAAGUUAGUAUUUAUCCUAUAAAAGCGGAUCCUUAUUCAGCCUUGUCGUGUUAUUAUAUAUAUUGUAUACGGUAAUUUUUAAUCAUCAAUACAUUAAAAUGUGUUUUUGUCUUACUAAUACUUCUAUACCACAGCUGUUAUGUUACGUAUAUAAUCGAGUAUAUCUUCUGUGGUAUUCUUGUGUCUUCGCUGAUGGCGUCACGCAUCAGUUAGUUCUCUCACAAAACGUCUCUGAACUCAGCCAGUUCUGAGUUCAUUAUUGCACGCUUUUGUUUUUUUUUACUUUUGUUUAAGCGCCAUCUGUUAACUAUAGCUCGUUCUAUUUUCACAAUAGUUUUGUUGAUUAUAAAUCUUGAAAAAUUUUACGAUACUUCGUCAUGUGUUCAAUGUAAGUUACAUAUUUUAAGUUUUCGUAUCAUUAAACCGAUAGCAUUGUUAUGAAACAUUAUAUAUAUUUUGUGCCAUGCCAUAACAUGUCUUCACCUAACCUUAAAAGCAUAUAUUUUUUUAAUUUGUUUAAGAGUUUUAACUUGGGGGAGUGUUGUAUAGUAUUGUAUAUAAACUUAUUUAUAUCAGUGUUAAAUUAGCUUUAAUAGACUAUUUUAGGUUUAUAUAGAAAACAUUUAUCCAAAAAUGUGUAUUGUUUAUUUUUCAUGUAAAAUAUUAAUGGUAAUUUAGUUUAUUUUGUAUCGCGUCUUUAACAUCUUAAAGUUACUUCUAAGAGUUCAGUAAAGAAACUAGUCGUAAUCGUUUGACUAACUAACAUCAUUAUCACAUUGUUUUGAGUAAGUGUUAACUUUAAAUUUGAAAGCAAACAUAAGUUUCUUAAAUCUUAAAAUACGAUAUGUAAAAAAAAUGCGAUUAGUUUCUAUAAUGAAGAUAUAUUUUCUGUGUUAUUUUUGCACUAAUUGUAAUUAUGUGUACAUUGUCUAUGAGCCUAAGACGAUCUGUAUAUCAAUAAAUGUUUCCAAUCUA